AUGGGCGCGCAGGAGGCGCCCGCCGGCACUAAGGCAGGAAAGGUGCCGGGCAAAAAGGUUGAUGCGGACGCACUCAAGCAUGAUGUGAAGGCGUUUGCGUCUCAAUUAGGCCUGGUCCGGGGUGGUGGAGGCGAUGAUGCCUUCAGCGAUUUUGCUCCCAGUAAGGCGAAACAGAAGAUUGCCCCUGGCAGCAAGCCUAAUAAAAGGCAGCGUCUGAAUGAUGAUGCACCUGUAAAGGGCCAAGUAUCUAGCAAGGGUUCUGCUAUGCUCUCCCAACGACAGCAGCCGCCAGCGAACAAGGAGAAUGGCACUGCCAAGUCUGCAGUGCGUCCAUCCGGCAGGGAUAAAGAUUCGGACGGCCAAGCCAACUUGCACGCAAAGCAGCGCGGAAGCAAAGCGCACGGUCCCAAAUCGGCGCCGGCACAUCAUGGCGGCGGCUCGACAGACCAAGGGGCUGAAGGCGACCCAACAAAGGCCCGCGAUUGGAACUUUGGUGUUGGACCAAGGCCAGGCGAGGCGAAGGGCUUCAAGUCCCUUCUGGGCAAGUCCGAUUCCAACGUCUGGUACCGCGCAGCAGCUGCGCUGUCAUCCGCCGCAGCUGCAUCUGCGGCCCCCGGCCCCCCAACCUCGGGGGUUGAUCCCGACCUUUUUGAGCGCCGCCGCGCGGCCGCAGAGGCUCUUAUGGAGGCCGAGGCCGCCGCCUUCGAGAAGGAGCUUCAACGCCGCAACCCCAGUGAUGCUAACUGGCUGCAGCAAGUACGACGAGCGGGUACGAGCACGGACAAGCUUGCGGCGGCGACGCUGUUAGUGCAGGAGAGUGUGGUGGCCAACAUGAAGGCUCUGGACCAGCUGGUCAGCCUGGCGACGAAACGAAGUGGCGGCAAGGAGCUUGUACGGCAAGCCAUGGAAGGCCUGCAGGCGAGGCUUCGAAGUAUUGGACACGAUGCACUUAGGUUCUUGGGUGCCGUGGGAUGGGGGCGUGUGCCCGGUGCAGCUAGGAAUCUAGGCACUUGCCUUACGGAGCUGUUCACCACUGUGUUGCUGCCUGAUCGCAAACUCAGGUUCCUCGAGCAGCAACCGCUGCAGGACCUGCCCUCAGGUCGUGAUGGUGAGAAGCUGUUGUUGCUGUGGUGGGCGGAGGACUGUGUGAAGCGGCGCUAUGCCAUGUUCGUGGCGGCACUGGAGGAGCACAGCCGGGACAACUUGGAGUUUCUCAAGGAGAAGAGCAUGCGAGUUAUCGCGGAGCUGUUGUCUUCAAAGCCGGAAUGCGAGGCGCGGUUGCUGGCAGCCCUGGUCAACAAGUUGGGUGACCCUUCCCGCAAGGUGGCCUCGAAGGCGGUCUACUUGCUGAUGCAGCUGCUUGCAACACAUCCCGUCAUGAAGCCAGUCGUCGUGCGGGAAGUGGAGCGCUUUGUCUUUCGUCCCGGGCUAGCAGACAAGGCCCGCUACUACGCCGUAGUCUUUCUAAACCAGGUACCUCUCAGCCAUCGUGCGUCUGAGGGUGGCGACGCACUGGCUCGCCAGGUGAUCAGCGUGUACUUCACGCUUUUCAGGAUGGUGGUCGAGGGACAGAUUGGCGUGGCGGCGCAGCUUCGGAAGCAGCAGGAGGAGAGGUACGCCGAGGAGAAGAAGAAGUUUUGGCGGGAGCAGCGCAAGGCUGCUACCGCCCGGCCAGGUGGUCGCGGUGGCCGGGGAGGUCGCGGUCGCAAGCCCGCCAGGCCCCCACCGCCGCCCAAGAUGGCUGUGGCGGAGGAGGUGGACGCCCGGCUGCUGUCCGGACUCAUCACGGGCGUGCGCCGUGCCUUCCCCUACGUCAAGCCUGAGGAUGUGGAGCCGUUGGUCGAGCAGUCUGCCAGCCAGCUGUUUCGCCUUGUGCACACGGCGCCGUUCACGGUUGCCGUACAGGCGCUCAUGCUCAUGUACCAGCUCAUGUCGGCACGAGCGGCGAUCAGCGACCGGUACUACCGGGCGCUGUACGCAGCUUUGGACCGUGACGGCCCCACCACAUCGUCUCGCGCACCCAUGUUCCUUGCGCUGCUGUUCACGGCCAUGCGGGGCGAUGUGUCAGUGAAGCGCGUGGCGGCGUUUGCGAAGCGCCUGCUGCAGCUGGCCGCUGCCGCGCAGCCCAACUGGGCGUGUGGAGCGCUCAUGCUCAUCUCCCAGGUGCUCUCCUGCCAGCCAGCUCUCUGGGCGUCUAUCAGCCAUCCGGAGGAUCUGGGGGGCACAGGUGAGGAGCAGUUCAAGGACCCGGACGACGACCUCCUGGCAGACGGCGAUGAUGACGACGGAGUGGAACGCUUUCGAGACCACGACGGCUCCGAGGACGAAGACGGGAACGAGAACGGCAUGGGGAGCCAUGUUGGCGGAAAGUCGUCGUCACACAAGGGAAAGAAGUUGCGAAAUGGGUCAGCUGAAGGCGCUAAGAAGAAGGGAGGGAGGAGAGCCGCUGGUUCGGAAAGCGAGGAGGCGGAAGAGGAGGAGGCGGAGCUGGCAGGUGUCGAGCUGGACCUUGACGGCGCACGCCGGCGGACGCAUGCUUUGGCGAGUCCCAGCGGCCGCGAUCUGGCGGCGCCGCCGCCGUCAGGGCUACUUGCGGCUAAGGCGGCGGCAGCGGCGGCGAAGGCCCUAGCUGCGGUGCCGUCGGCAUGGCCUCUGCCUAGCUACUACCAGAUGGACAAGAGGGAGCCGCUGUACGCCAACGCCGACCGCUCGUGUUGGUGGGAGCUGACGGUGCUGGGGGCCCACGCGCACCCCUCCGUGUCCGCCAUGGCGCGAUCGUUGCUAAGCGGCGCGCCUGUCGUGUUUGACGGCGACCCGUUACGUGACCUGAGCUUGGUGGCAUUCCUCGACAAGUUUGUCAAUAAGAAGCCCAAGCCCGUUGCCCGCGGGACCUCGGUCAUGCAGCCCACGGCGGCGCCGCUGGGUGGCGCGCUGGGCUCCUUGCAGGCAGCAGUCGCAGAAGCGGGCGGCAAGAAGCAGCCCAAGCAGAAGCAGCAACAGCCGCGGCCCGUCAGCCUGGCUCAGCUAAGCAGUGAGGCCUUUGCUGCACUGGCGGAGGCUCGGGUGGAGUCUGCAGACCUCUUCUUCCACAAGUUCCUCAACCUCAAGGGAGUUAAGGACAAGCGGGCAGCCCGCGCGGAGGCCAAGUCGUCCAAGAAGGGCCAGGAUGGCGAGGGUGAUGAGAAGGAUGGUGCUGGUGGUGACGAGUCGCUCAGUGAAGCGGAAGACGACGAGGUCGACCGCUACUUGGAGAAGCAGGAGUGCAUGGCGGAUGACACGCUGGGCGGCUCCGAGAUGGGCUACGACUACGACCAGUUGGAAGCUGCCAUGGAGGCGGAUGACCUCGACGACGACGACGAGGAGGAACAGCCGGGGGUGGAUGAUGAUGGCGACGAGGACGAUGCCGAUGGCGAAGACGAAAAGAUGGCCGCCGACGACGAUGAGGAAGAGGACGGUAGCUUGGACGGCGUCAACAUCCUGGAACUGCCAAGUCCCAGUGCUGACGACGAAGCGGAAGAGGAGGGUGACGAGGCGGCGGCAGCAGCUCGGCGGCAGCGGCACAGGGAGGCCAUGAAAGCAGCGGGUAUCUCCAAGGCAGACCUGGAGGCGCUGUCUUCGGAUGAGAAUGAUGAUGUGGAUGAGGAUGACGGGGCUGAGAGCUCUUCUGAAGGGGGAGACGGCGGGUCUUCGAGCGACGGGGUUGAGGAGGAGGAGGACGAGGACAGCGGAGGCGAUGAUGAGUUUCUGCGUAUGUUGGCUGGCGGCAGCGACGACGAGGACGUGGAGAUGGAGGAGGCUGGCGAGGACGAGGACGAGGAUGGCGACGAGGCGGGGCCGCGGCCGAUGUCGCUUGCGGCGGGGGUUAGGAAAGGGGCCAAGGCAGGCGGUAAUACUGGCAAGAAGGAUAAGAAAGCGGAAGGGGGAGGCGGCAAAAAGGGCGGGGGCAGCUUGUUCGCCAGUGCGGAUGAUUACGCAGCGCUCAUUGAUCGAGCGGAGCGGGAGCAGGCGGAGGGGCGGGGAGGCGGGGAGCGGGAGGGGCGAGGAGGAGGAGGCGGCGGUGGUAAGGGGAGGGGCAGAGGGCGGGGUGGCGACAAGGGUGGCCGUGGGGCUAUGGCGGCAGCUAGGCGAGAGAAUCAUGGUGGGAGGAGAGGGGGCGGUGGUGCGCGGGGGAGGAGAGGGGGCCGUGGAGGAGCUGGCCGGCGGACUUGA